AUUGGCCCCGAGGCUGGUGACCCCGGAAAUACUAAAUUGCGGUGCCCACGCCGGAGUGGACGUGUAGAGGCCGGGUUUGGCCCUCGUAAACUCUGACCCGAGUGCAUAGUUUUCUUUUUCCGGGACGAGAUGGCGCCGUCCACGCCGCUUCUAACAGUCCGAGGAUCAGAAGGACUGUACAUGGUGAAUGGACCACCACAUUUUACAGAGAGUACAGUGCUUCCAAGGGAAUCUGGGAAAAAUUGCAAAGUCUAUACCUUUAGUAAGGAUGGGACCUUGUUUGCCUGGGGCAACGGAGAGAAAAUAAAUAUUAUCAGUGUCACUAACAAGGGACGACUACUGCACUCCUUCGACCUCCCUAAGACAGUUUGCCUUGAAUUCUCACCAAAAAACACUGUCCUGGCAACGUGGCAACCUUACACUACUUCUAAAGAUGGCACAGCUGGAAUUCCCAACCUACAACUUUAUGAUGUGAAAACUGGGACAUGUUUGAAGGCUUUCAUCCAGAAAAAGAUGCAAAAUUGGUGUCCAUCCUGGUCAGAAGAUGAAACUAUUUGUGCCCGAAAUGUUAACAAUGAAGUUCAUUUCUUUGAAAAUAACAAUUUCAAUACAACUGCAAAUAAAUUGCAUUUGCAAAAAAUUAAUGAUUUUGUGUUAUCACCUGGACCCCAACCAUACAAGGUGGCUGUUUACGUUCCAGGAAGUAAGGGUGCACCUUCAUUUGUUCGAUUAUAUAAGUACCCCAACUUUGAUGGACCUCAUGCAGCUUUAGCCAAUAAAAGUUUCUUUAAGGCAGAUAAGGUUACAAUGCUAUGGAAUAAAAAAGCUACUGCUGUGUUAGUAAUAGCUAGUACAGAUGUUGACAAGACAGGAGCUUCCUACUACGGUGAACAAACGCUGCACUAUAUUGCAACAAACGGAGAAAGUGCUGUGGUACAAUUACCAAAAAGUGGCCCCAUCUAUGAUGUAAUUUGGAAUUCGAAUUCUACCGAGUUUUGUGCUGUUUAUGGUUUUAUGCCUGCCAAAGCAACGAUUUUCAACUUGAAGUGUGAUCCUGUGUUUGACUUUGGAACUGGUCCUCGUAAUGCAGCCUACUAUAGUCCUCAUGGGCAUAUAUUAGUACUGGCUGGAUUUGGAAAUCUGAGGGGACAGAUGGAAGUAUGGGAUGUUAAAAACUACAAACUUAUUUCUAAACCAGUGGCCUCUGAUUCUACAUAUUUUGCUUGGUGCCCAGAUGGUGAGCAUAUUUUAACAGCUACAUGUGCUCCCAGGUUACGUGUUAAUAAUGGGUACAAGAUUUGGCAUUACACUGGCUCAAUCUUGCACAAGUAUGAUGUGCCAUCAAAUGUGGAAUUAUGGCAGGUUUCUUGGCAGCCAUUUUUAGAUGGAAUAUUUCCAGCAAAAACAAUAACUUACCAAGCAGUUCCAAGUGACGUACCCAGUGAAGAACCUAAAACUGCAACAGCUUACAGACCCCCAGCUUUAAGAAAUAAACCAACUACCAAUUCCAAACUGCAUGAGGAGGAACCACCUCAGAAUAUGAAACCACAACCAGGAAAUGAUAAGCCAUUUUCAAAAACAGCCCUUAAAAAUCAAAGGAAACAUGAAGCUAAGAAAGCUGCAAAGCAGGAAGCAAGAAGUGACAAGAGUCUGGAUUUGUCACCUACACCUACAUCACAGAGCUCAGCUCAAAAUACAGUCUCUCAGCCAACUUCUGGAGACCCUGAGGUAGACAAAAAAAUCAAGAACCUAAAGAAGAAACUGAAAGCAAUCGAACAACUGAAAGAACAAGCAGCAACUGGAAAACAGCUAGAAAAAAAUCAGUUGGAGAAAAUUCAAAAAGAGAAAGCCCUUCUCCAGGAGCUGGAAGAUUUGGAAUUGGGUAUUUAAAGAGUCACAGAAAGCAAGUUAUUACCAGAAAUCAGUGGGAACUCAUCUUCUGUUAAGUUCAUUGGUGUAUACGGAACGUUCAUGUGCCCACAUUUAACAUUCAUCUCUAAUUUUAACCAUUUUCCAAAGUUCUGCGUAUGCGUGAAAUUAUUUAAUAAUGCCUAUUAAAAUUGAUUUCUGUGUCCUGCAUCUUAGAUCAUGUUAACAUAUGAAAUAAAAGACACAUGACAUAUUGAAGUUUGACAUAUUGAAAGACAAAUGUCAUUGUUUUUUAGGAGGAGACAGUAUUUACCAUAUAAAUGAAUAAAGACAUUUUAAAUUUAA